AUGCUUUCUUCAAUAAGUUAAUAAAAGUAAAAAUAAUAAUUAUAAUGGGAAGAUUAAUAUUUUAGUGAAUUGGAUUCUGAUUCUGAUUACAAAAAGCUAAUAAGAAAAUGUAUUCUAUUGAGCUCUAAAGGAAGUUAACAUUCAUUUACUCAUAAAUCAAUAUAAGAAUUUUUUGUUGCAAAAUACAUAUUAUAUCAAUUAGAAAAUAUAUAUAAUAAUAAAUUGAGUGAUGAAUAAUAAAUUGAUACAAAAUAACUUGAAAAUAGUUUGAUGAACAAUGAUUCAUUUAAUAUGUCACAUGAACAUUUUUAAGGUGCUUUAUUGUUACUUAAAGAAAAACUAUAAAAUAAAGAUGAUAUUACAAAAUUAUUGGUGUCAUUAGUUCAGCUAUCAAAGUAAAAAGACUCAAAGUUUAUUCGCAUAGCCUCAAAUUCUAUAUUUCUUUUAAGUUUUUUAGGGAAAAAUCUAGGAUUAUAAGAUUUCGAUUCAGUUUGUAUAUCAGAAACAUACAUAAAUGGACUUAGCUUUUGUGAGAGUAGGCUAUCUAAGACCUUUUUUAAUUAAGUUUCUAUUGAUUCAUGUAAUUUUAAUAAUGCUAUUAUAACUGAUGCAGAAUGGAGUAAUAUAAUUACUAAAGAAAGAAUUACAAAAGAUUAUGAAGGUGAAAGAUUUUUUGAAAUAGUUUUGAGUGAAAAUGGAGAUGAAUUUUAUACUUUGAGUUAGUUUAAUGAGCAUUAAAUAAUACUUAGAUAAUUUAAUUUUAAAUUGGACUAAAAAUCAAAAGAAAGAAAAUUUAAUUUGAAAUUUAAGGAUGAGAUUAAAUCAAUUUAAAUAGCUUAAAAUUUAUCAAUUAUGUGUUGCUAAACAGAAAGUUCAAUAUAACUCUGGAAUUUGCACGAUUAAAAUAAUAAUAUAAACAAUGAUGAUUGUAUUAUUCUAAGAAAUUUAAGAGAUAUAAAAGUGAUUCUUAGUUAGGAUGGAAGUUAAUUGUUAAUAAACAUGGAGAAUAUAAUUAUUUGGUUUAAUGAACGUUUUCAUUUAAAAUUAUAAAAUUCCUUAACAACAACUGAGUCAAUACCUGAUUUGAAAUAUAAUAACCUUAAAAUGGCAAUUUCUCUAAAUGCAAAACUUCUAGCCAUUGUAAUUAAUACAAAAAUUAUGUUUUGGGAUAUUCAAGAUUAUCAAAAUAUCACAAAAGUUCAAGAAAUCGAACUCAAUGAAGAGGAUUAUAAUAUUGCUUUUUCUAAAAAUGGAAAUUAUCUUGUUAUAACCCAAUAUAAUUAGCACACUAUUAUGGAAAUUAACAAUCAAAGAAAAAUUAAUAAAAUUUGCUCUUUUUAUAGCUUAAGCAAAAACGAAACAGCCUUGAUAUCCCCGGACAACAAUUAUAUCACUUUUUAUGGUAGUGAGUAUUUAACUAUAUAUUAGACUAUCGAUAUAAAGUAAUUUUAGUAAAAAUAUAGAAUAUAACAUAAGUUAGAAGAUUCAAAAAAUGUGAUUGCAGCUAUUUCAAACAAUUUCGAAUUAUUUGCUUGUACAAGAAAAUUCGCUACUCAUAUUUGGAAUAUUAAAGAACUUAAUUAAAUAUAGUAUAUAGGGGUUUUAGAAUAAGAUGAAUAAUAUGAAAUGUAAAUUUUGGAAUUUUCAAAUGAUUGUUCAUAUUUAAUAUCAUUUGCUUUAUAGUAAGUUUUUUUUAUAUGGGAUUUAAAAUAAAUGAAAUUAAUGAAGAAAUUUACCUAUGAGGAUGAUAUGUCUAGCCUAAUAUUUUCCUCUGAUGGAUAAGUUUUAAUAUCAACUUCUAAUACAAAUAUAGUUCUUUGGGAUAUGUCAAACUUUAAAGAGCCAAUCAUUAUUAGUUAAAUCGAAAAGUAUUGCAGAAUUAAAUUUUUAAUUGUAUCAAAAAAAUAAGGUCAUAUGAUUUUAUCUGGUGAAUCCAGAGAUUUUGUAAUUUGGGAAAUUUAGAGUGAUAAGAUAAUUUAAGGAUUCGAUAAAGAGUCCAGUUUUGCAAUUUUUAAUGAUGAGGGCGAUAAUUUUGCUACAUAUCACAAAGGAAUUGUAGAAAUUUGGAAAUUAUAAGAGAAUAUUUUUGUAAUAGAGCAUAAGCUAGAAAUUCUAAAUAAACUCAUAUUUUUUAGCUUAAACAGUGAUAAUGUCUAACUCUUAAAGAAUAACUAUAAAUUUAUUCUUAAAAAAUUAUUAACUUAAGAUCAUUAGUUUUGUCAAAAUCAAUAUUUAGAAAAUGAAGGUUUUUAAUUAAUUUUGACAGUUGAAAACGAAUAUAUAGAAAUUUAGAAGAUAGAAGGAUAAAGCUUCUAUUAUAUUUAAAAAUAAACAAUAAUAGAAGCUGUUUUCUCUUCAGAUUCCUCUAUUUUAUGUUUUGCAACUGAAAAAAAAUAAAUCAUUAUAAUGAAUAUUUCUAAAACAGAAAUUAUAAGUCAAAUUAAUAUUGAUACUAGUGAAAUUUGUCGUAUAUAAUUAUCUGAAGUGGAUGAUAUUUUAGCAGUAGCGCAUGGAAACAAAGACUAGACCAGGAUUGAUUUAUAUACAAUUAAGGAUCGAGAAAAUCCUUGCUAUCUUCAAUCCACUGAAUGUUUCGGUAUUCCUCACACAAUGUUAUUUAUGAAUAAUAAUUAAUAUCUUAUAAUAGGGGUCUAUUACAUAAUUUAACGCUUUGAUCUUGAUAAUUUUAAAUAACCAAAAUUAGUGGGUUUUUAAAAUGAACGGAAUGAAUUUAUUUAGCAUUUAGAUGGAUAGCAUCUAAUAUUUGUUAAUAAAGCAAAAGGAUAAUUUUGUUUUUUAAAUACACAUUCUAUCAAUUAUAUUUCUGGAAUUCGUUUUUUAAAAACAUUAUUUGAUUUCGGUUUUUUUUAAAAAAAUAACAAUCUAAUAUAGAUAUUUUCUCAAUUUGGUAAUGAUCUUUAUUUCACAGAAAUAAAUUCAAAUACUAAUUUAUACAAUGACAAAUUUUAUUUAUUAAAUUUAAACUGUUAUGUAACAAAUAUCCUAAAAACAAAUACAUAAGAUUUAUGGAUAAUUAGAGCAACACCAAUAGGAGAAGAACAAUUUAUAAUUUUUGAUUCAAAAAAGAAUGCUUUAAUAAAUAUAAUGUCAGAUAAAGAAUAUUUAUUUUUUAAUCAUUUUUAAAUGUCAGAAGAUGAUUAAUAUCUUGUGAGUGCUUAUAAUGAUUCUCAUAUUAAAGUUUGGGAUAUGAAAACUUAUAAGCUUCUCUUUAAAUAAAAGAUGAAUACAGAUUCUUUAGAUAGAGUUUUGAUAUCGAGUAAAGGCAUGUUGAUAAGUUGUUAUAUGAGCAAAUUAAAAGUUUGGAACUUUAAAGCAUUAAGGCAAUAAUAAUAAUAGAAUUUUCAAUUUGAUGGACAUAGUUACCCAAUAUAAAAUAUAUUAGUUUCACCAGAUGGUUUAGUAUUAGCUUCUGGAUCAUUUUUUGAAAUAAAAUUUUGGGAUUUAGAAGAACUCAGAUUGUUAAACACUGAAAUUGCUAGAGAUUUUAUGGAGAAUGCUGGAUUUGAUAAUACUGGUACAUAUUAUCCAAGUAGAUAUAUAAUAAAAUAAUGGGUAUAGGUAUUUAAAUUCAUGAGUAAAUUUAUUAUUGAAACAUUUACUCUCAAAGCAGAAGAACAAUGCAAUUACUUAUAUUUUACCUCUGAUUCUUAACAAAUAGUCUAAGUUUUUGAGAAAUAUAGCAUUUUCUGGAAUCUGAAAGAGGCAGAAAAGUUGAAUAAAUUGACAUCCUAUUUUUUAGAUGAAUAAUCUGUCAUAAAAUUAACUAUUUCGGAUAAUUGCAAAUAUGCCAUAGCUCAUAGUCCGUUCUAAAUAUUUGAAGUAGAUGCUGAAAAAAAAUUGAGGGAAAUAAAGACUAAGGACUGUUAAGAACGUAAAGUUCGGAGUUUUUGUUUAUCAUAUGGUUCAAAAAUGAUUGCAAUAUAAUCUGAUUAGGAAGAAAUUGUAUCUUAAGAAAUAUUUAUAUUUUCUCUUUUGUAAAUGGAAAUCAUCUAAACAAUUAAAUGCAAUGAUCAAAUUAGAUCAUUCUGUUUCUCUUUUAAUGAUGAGUUUUUGAUAUUAUUAUGUAGGAAAGAAUAUUUAGUUUUCAAAGUUGAUAACAUUCCAAUUAUUGAAAUAAAAAGAGUAGAGAUUGCUUCGGAUGAAGAAUUUACAAAUAUAUUUCCAUUCUAAGAGAAUUAAUUUAUCUUCUUCUAAAAAUAAUAUAUUCAAGUUUUUUAGAAUUUAGAAUUAUUAAACCAACUUCCGAUUAAAACAAUUAAAACUAUUGAUGCUUUUUGUACAAAAGAUAAAUUAUUCGCAGUUGCAUCAAAUAGUGAUCAUACUAUUGAUAUAUAUGAAUUAAAAAAUUCAACUAAAAUCGAAGAAUUUGCUAUUUUGUAUAACGUUGAAGUAAUUAAAAGUUAUCAUCAUCAAUGCAACUCAGCAAUUUAGUUUUCCAUAAAUUGUUAAUUCUUAAUAUCACUAGAAAGUUACAAUGAAGUUAAAUUAUGGGACAUCACAAAUAAAUAAUCAAUUCAGUUACGAUAUUUGCAAAAGAAUAUUUCUGUUAAUGCUUUCAAGAUUUUAUAAGAUAAAAAAAAAGGCCAAUAAGAUCAAGAAUGCAGAAUAGCAUUGGUUGGGAAUGAUAAUACAAUUCAUAUUCAAGAUUAUAAUUUUAAUCUUUUCCUUGCCACUUAGAAAGAAUUACCUCAAGUGAAUAACAAACAACAAUUUUAAAUAAGUUCACCUUAUGGAAAAUAUUAAUUAUAUUAUCUUAAUGAUCAUAAUACUAUUUUUAUUUAUGAUUAAUAGAGAUAAUUAAUAAAUUAAAAAAAUCUGAUUGAUGAAGAGAGUAUUGAUAAUAUUAAGUUUUUUGAUUCAUAGACUUUAGUUUGGAAAGAUUAAACUAAACUCAUUUUUUGGAAAUUUAUAAUAGAUGAAGAAUAAGAAUAAGAAUAUAAUUAUAAGGAAGAAACUUUGUAUUUAACUUGUUCCCCAAAUAAGUAGGUAUUUUUAGGUUUAUGUGGUAACAGGAAAAUAUUGGGAAUCUACAAUAGGUAGACUGGUUAACAGAUAUUAAAAUUAUAAACUUUUUAAUGUUCAAUAACUUAAGGUUGUUUUUCUCCUUGCGGUGAAAAAUUUAACAUAGGUUUUCAAGAUGGAUCCAUAUAAUUAUUUAAGUUUGAUUCAAACAAUAUAGAUAAUUGUAAGCCACCUAUUUGUUAUAAAGUAUUUGCAAAAAGUUCUCCAUUUCUCGCAAACAAUUGCCAAAUAAAUAGAUCUAAAUUUACAAGUACUGAAAGUGAAAAUCUAGAGUCAUUAUUUCUAGAAAAAGGAGCCAUAAAUAAAUGA